AUGCCGAAGUUUCAGAGACAGGCAACACAUGCCAAUGAGUCCGACAUCCUCCACCUCAUUGAUGAAAGAUUUGAAGAAUUGGAGGAGACUGUGGCAUUGGCGCGCUUGAUACCACAAAUCCACGAUCGCCUCUUUGAACUGGAGAAAUUGCUGGAACGCCCUGAGGUUCGCGGUCUCGAAGUCAAGACGGGCCCGCAGUGGAGUGAGCCUGGGCCACCUGCCCGGAUUGUGAUGCAGGAUGAUGAGGAUGACAACAAGAUCCAGGAAAAUCCAGACAGCAGAGAGAUGGACAUGAAAAGUGUCCCCACAGGGCUAUCGCCACGAUCAAUGGCGGAAGCUCUUUCGCCUGCUGCGAACAGGAAAAACAAAAAGAAGAUGACAGAAAUCUCGCGCGAAAAAAUGUCCGAUGUGAAUGAACACAUCUUAGACACACAGACUAAUGAGUACUAUACAUGGGGAGAAUCCACAUGGGAUUUAGUGAUGUUCAUUGGCACGGGAGCUUUGGGCCCCUUGGGUUCCAUCCAAACCUGUUUGUUAGCAGUGGUGAACGUCCUGAUGCAAGUGGUCUUCGUGGCGAUUGCCUAUUACAACUUCACUUCCCCAGAUGUGAAUGAGACCUCCGUCCUCGAGGCACAAAGGUGGAGACGAGCCUCCGGUCAUUCCCUCUGGAGCUACAGUGAGAUUUCAAAGGAAUCGCUGGCUGAGCGUGUUUGCAAACUCGACAAGUCCUUGGAGCAAUCUGGAAUCCAGGUGGCCUUGUACGAGAACAUUGAGAAGUAUUUGAAAUCUGGGACAACUGGCCUGGAGGGAUACUUCACGGGUCAGGGGCUCUGCAUUGUGGCCUUGGUAUGUUGGUAUUUGAUGGUGGCCAAAGAGCUGAGUCACGCCUUGGCAUUGCUCCGUGGAAUUUUGGCCAUGCCAUCAGGCCCCACGCGGAUUGACACACGAGAGAAUCCCUUUACCAAGGCCAUUCACUAUCGCCUGCGUACUGUGGCAUUCCGCCGAAAGGUCUUCAGUGCCCUAUUGUUCGGUUAUCGUUUGCUGGCAGCUGCUGUUUUGGUCUUUGUCGGCACGUUUUUCCUGGUGUAUACUGUCAGCGUCACAGAGCUCAUCUUGAAUGCAGUGGCAUUGGGAAUCAUUUUGGACAUAGACGAUUUGCUCUUCGAUGCCUUGGCCACCACUCCUGGGAGGCACCUGGUUCAUCAAUUGGAUGCUUUACCCAUGCCGUCGUUGCCACGGGUAAGGGGCGCUGAUGCCAAGUCAGUGUCCAUGUCGAUAGGCAUACCCUUUCUCACCAUCCUGGUGUACUUCACCAUGUUGGGGCCUUUUGUUGGUACCUUGCAAGACGUGAGCUCAGCAAUGUGUGGAGGAAACUUGGGAUUCGUUUGGAAUGCCGACAAACGAAGGGUCGUGCUGAUGGCCCCCACGACCGGUGGAGGAUGGGAAGAUCAGGAUGCAACGAAGACCUUUGCUGUUGAAGAAGGUGAGCGCGUUGGAUUCGGCCUCGACCAGGAUGAUGCUAAGUAUGGUGUAUGGCUGCAGGAUGUGAGCCUGGUCGGGGAUCUCACGGUGUUAUCUCAAGCAGAGAGCAUUGAUCUGUUCAAUCCUGAUUGCGGGAACUUGGGUGAUACAGAACCGAUGCUGAACUACCUCAAGUUCUUUCUUCAGAAUGAUAGCUUGCAAGGAUGCGCAGAUGCAGCACCAUUUUGCGAUUCAAUCACUAGCUUGCCAGAUUAUGGAGGGGAUGAUGGCAAGGGAUGGGCCACUCGCAUGCUUUGUUCUGCGACAUGUGGAUGUCAGACUCCUGCAAGUGAGAACUUAUUGGUUCAGGGAUGUCCAUACGGCCCAAGCAGAUCCUGUCAUCUGUCUGAAGCCUUCCUUGAAUUUAGGCAGAACAGUGUGUGCAUUGAGCAGAAUGCCUCCAGUCUUCGGCAAUAUCCCCCUUGGGUCCAGUGGAUCGAGGCGCUGACAUCCUAUGGAAACCAUGCUGCAAAUCUGAAGGGCAAGCAAGAGGCGCUGUCGAUAGCUCAGGCUAUGUGGGAUCAUGGUUGUGGCUUCCAAGCAAACUUGAGCGCGGAGAACAUCUCUUGGGGAGACUGCUUCAGCUGGAAUAGUUCCUUCGAGUGGGAGUUCAAAACACCCGAGGUAUUCUGCCCAUUGAGCUGUGGAUGUUCCCGCGAGACUGUGGAUUCCGCUUGCCCUCAACCAUUUGGCUAUGCCUGUGACCAACUCGAAGAAGAGCGUUGUCUUACGCUAAAUGGGCAGCAUUUUUGCCCAGGCUUCAGCCCUUCAAUUUCAGGUGCAAUUUCUGCGAGCGCCUCAACCACUGACCCGAACGUGAUGGCCCAACUGUUCGUCCCAUCUCAGAUGGCACUCAUUGACAGCCUCGCUCACUUUUCGGGGGCGGGCACGGCUGCCAUCCGCAUUGAUUUGAUCCCUCGCGGGGUGUUAAUCAUAGGACUCUUUAACAUCUUCAUGGUAGACCCGACAUGGAACAUGGAAAACAUGUCUUCCAGCUUGUUUGGAACAUCCAUCGCAGUCUUUGAAGCGCGGGUGUUGCAGUUUCUCACAGCUGCAGGGGUUCAAUUGGCCGGUGUAGGUCUUCAAAUUUUGUCUUUGACCCCUGAUGCACUUCUUCCAAUCAGAAGAUUGGCAAACGCUGGAAACGAAACCCGUAGCCAGCUCAGUGACAUUGAUGGAGUGCCAAGUUCGAGGCGGCUCGUCUAA